UCGCUCCACCCAGAGGAGGAGGAGGAUUGUUCAGCAGCUGUGCGCGCGCGCUCUCUCUUCUUCAGAGCUGCAGUAAAUGGGCUUUGCUUGGGCGCACGAGCUCUUAUAAUAAUAAUAAUAAUAAUAAUAAAUAAAUUAAAAAGUGUAAAGUGGGUUUAAAGGUGUGUUGUGAGUCAGGACUGGACCCUUCAUCUGUUUGCCCUGAGGAAGGAACAACUUCUCAAGGAAAUGUGUUUUGCCUCAUUGUGCUCUCCGUGUCUGCACUGUGGUGUGAUGACACUAUGAUUUAAGGCUCCUAUUGUGUUGAGCAGUGACUUGCUGGGAAAGCAGAACUAUCUGCCCCCAGAGACGGACUCUGGAGGGUGAAGGUUGGAGGUGUGAAAGAGUGGAAAAUUCCAUCGUGGUGAACCGUGAUGAGCAGAUCCCAGAGCUCUGAGUGUCAUUCAGGUCAUUUAAAUAGCACAGACGUGAGUUCGUCGUGUUUGUUGGCAGAGCCGCAGCGUCCUGCACACACCAUGUCCUCAUCCCCGGUGCGAGGGGCUCCGUCCACAACCCCUCCGCUGUCUCCGACUUCUCCUGUCUCACCAAGCUCCCUGCGUCUGCCCCCGUGCCACCAGAGACCCCGCUCACCCUCACCCAUGAGGGGGUACCUGAUCCCGAGCCCGCUGCCCACCCGCCGCAACCGUACCAUCUCUGCGACGGCGAGGGCAGCUGAGGGUCCCGUCUUCACCGGGGUCUGCAAGUGCUUCUCCCGCUCCAAAGGUCACGGCUUCAUCACGCCGUCCGAGGGAGGUGCUGACAUCUUCGUACACAUCUCGGAUAUCGAAGGAGAGUACGUUCCAGUAGAAGGGGAUGAGGUGAGCUACAAAAUCUGCUCCAUUCCACCCAAAAACGAGAAGAUUCAAGCUGUGGAAGUGACCAUAACUCACCUGGCUUCUGGGACUAAACAUGAGACUUGGUCAGGAACAGUGAUCAACUCCUGAACAAAGUGAUUUCUGCCCCUUUGCUGAAACAGUGCUGGAUGGCGGAUGGUUAGGUGGAAGACAACAUGUGCAUUCGUUUUUUGUUUUUUUUUUGCGAAAAAGUUUCAAAUAUCAUGAGUUCUUUUUUUCCUUUUGAUGCAGAAGGAGAAAUCUUUAUUUCACGAUUUGCUUACACUACCUGUUUGUAGUUCUGUAUCAUGUGGUUUUGUGUAUUCAAGAACAAAAAUAAAGCCUUACUUCAUAAAGA